CUGGUGCUGCUCAACGGCAUUGUGCUUUUUGGGGCAGUCCUGAUUUCCCAGACCAUUAAGCACCGAACCCGCGACUUUUUUGUGCUGCUGUUGUCACUGGGUUCCGGCGUGUUUGGGGUAUUUAUAGUCCAGGACUUGUUCUUCCUGUUCUUCUUCUAUGAGUUGGCGGUGCUGCCCAUGUACCUGCUGAUUGGCGUUUGGGGCAGCAGCACCUAUUUCGAGAGCGACCGACAAAGGUUGUGGGGUAUUCCCAUCCCCUUUGAUUUGGGUUCUUAUAACCGGCCCAAAGAAUAUGGCGCCAUGAAGCUCAUGCUGGUCCUGGUGGCUGGCAGUGUUCUCAUCUGGGUCGGUAUCUUGGCUCUAUACGUAGCCUCCGGCCAAGUAGGGGAGGCUACUUUCUCCCUAAUUGAUUUGGGAGUUCUCGCCGCUGCUGGUGAGUUCAGUCCCACCUUCCAGAAGUGGGUUUUCCCCCUGUUCAUGGUCGGGUUCGGUGUGUUGGCUGGUCUCUGGCCCUUCCACACCUGGUCGCCUGAUGGCCACGUAGCUGCGCCCACUGGCGUAAGCAUGCUCCACGCCGGCGUACUGAUGAAACUGGGGGCCUUCGGCAUUAUCCGGGUGGGAAUGGUUUUGCUGCCCGAGGGCGCUCAAGACCCAUUGUUCUACGUCGGCGACUUUGGCGUAAGCUGGAUGGCUAUCUUGAUAGUCAUGGGCACCGUUAACGUGGUUUACGGCGCAAUAUCCGCCAUGUCCCAAAGGGACUUGAAGUACAUCAUUGGCUAUUCCAGCGUAAGUCACAUGGGCUAUGUCAUCAUGGGUAUAGCGACAUUGCAUCCAGUGGGCUUGACGGGCGCUGUGCUUCAAAUGUUCUCCCACGGGAUAAUGACGGCCCUCAUGUUCGCCAUGGUGGGGGCCAUCUACGAGCGGACCCACGUACGGGACAUUACGAUAUUGAACGGUUUGAUGAAGCGAAUGGGGUACGCCAGUUUCUUCUUUGCCAUCGCUGGUCUGGCAUCCCUGGGUUUGCCGGGUUUAAGCGGGUUUGUGGCAGAAUUCAUGGUUUUUACCGGUGCUUUCAAGACUUAUUUGCCCCUUGCAGUCCUGGCCGUUGUGGGCGCUGCCCUCACCGCCAUUUACAUAUUGCGGUUGCUGGCCCGUACUUUCUUUGGCGAGGUCGAUCCUCGCUGGGAAGGUUUAACGGAUGCCAGUCCCGUGGAAAAGACCGUGGGUGGAGCUUUUGUCCUUAUCUUGCUCUUCGUAGGGGUUUGGCCCGCUCCGUUCACCCGGGUAAUCAACGUGGGAGUGGAUUCGGUAAUGGAACUUUUCCCCACGUCAUCGACCCCAGUUGUCAAUGUGGUUGCUGAAUCGAUUUUCAAAUUCUUUUAG